GUUUCGGGCUUUCGAAGUUUUUUCACUGCACCGACUGCUUCCGUUUGCUUCUAUGGUUUCGUAUUUCUGUCUUAAACGUUACCAGAUUGCCGAAAUUGUUGAAGUUCUGACUGUUCGAGACAACUUUUUAACGGGAUGGCGAAGCUUGGUGACCAUGCAAAGAAGUUGUUAUUCUGUGGAGAUAUGAGCGAUAUUCAGUUCGCGGUGGGACGUGAUUAUGACACCGUGAAGAUCUUCCCAGCCCAAAAGGUCAUAAUGGGCCUGCGCAGCGCCGUGUUUCAUACGAUGUUCUAUGGCAACCUGCCCGAUCCCUGCGCUGCUCCUAUUGACAUUCCCGAUAUCCUUCCUGAAGCUUUCGCUAACCUGCUCAGCUAUAUCUACACCGACGCGGUUACGAAUUUCACCCCGGAGAAUGUUUUCCAGACGCUAAUGUGCGCUGACAAAUACGAUUUACCGUUACUGCUCGCGCUGUGCACUGACUUUAUCCUCGGCUUGCUCAAUGUCGACAACUGCCUGCAUAAUCUGGACAACGCGGUUCUGUAUGCGAAUGCAGCGCCGGACGUCCUGGUGAAAUGUUUGUGUCUUAUUAAUGAUGAAUCAGCGAAAACUCUGUGGCAGUCGGAUCAAUUUCAUGUGGUUGGGCAAGCGGCUCUACAAGCUUUUGACCCACGGGAUGCUUUAACCGCCGCCGCCGACGACAUCUUUUCGUCAGUUGAAAAGUGGGUGGAAUUUCUUCGGAAGGUCAGGGACGGCAUCACAUUCCCCACCGUGACGACACCGGAGGCGCAGGUGACCAUCAGGUUCAGCGGGGACAAGAAGGCCUUGACAUCGGACACAACACGGUUCCGCUUCGAGCUGCCUUCGAAUGUGCACGUCUCCGGGGUGCCCGUUGGCAAAUUUGUCAAAAUGACGGUGACAGUUGAUGGCAGAAGCGAGACGCAGUGCUAUACUCCCAUCUCCGACCCCAAGGACCGAGGUUUUGUCGACUUCGCGAUCAAAGUAUACCCACCGAAUGCCGCUAAUCCCAACGGUAGCGUCGUAUCGCAGUGUAUCAAUAAACUGCAGAAAGGCGACGAAGUGUGCAUCAGUGGACCAUAUGGCCUGCUCAGUUACGACAAGAACGGGAUCUUCGUGAUCAAAGCGAACGAGAAGUCCGCUGCCGAAUAUAAAGAGAUUCGACGAAUCGGCAUGGUAGCCGCUGGUUCCGGAGUUACCGCCAUGAUUCCCAUAUUACGAGCUAUGCUGAAAGAAAACCUGGAAGCACCCAAAUGUUCACUGGUAUAUAGUAAUCCGACAGAUCAGGACAUCAUAAUGAAGAGCGAGCUGAAUUAUAUGGCCUCCAAGUACCGGAAGCGCUUCAAGCUGUGGUACCUGGUGGAUAGACUCUGUAAUCCCAGCCUAUGGAAGUAUGGCGUUGGCCAGAUCUCGAAGGACUGGCUCAAGGACUGGAUGCCCAAACCGGACAAUGAAGUUGUAGUAUUAGUCUGUGGUCCGAAGGAGAUGGUGGACAACUGCAAGAAGUUGCUGCUUGGCCUGAACUACAUCAACGAUAUGAUCCACGUGUUUUCCGCCCCGUAGUCUCCUUGUUUGAUACGACAUAUGUCUCUCCAUUGCAUUUCAUUGAUCCAUUGUGUUUUUAGUUAUUCUUUUAUAUUCUGGUAAAAUUUGUCGAUCGUUCCGCGACAUACCCAUCCGCUUGAUGGAAUGUGCCUCGAAAUCCACUGGACCAAAGGUUGUGCCGAAAGCUGGAUUUAAUUGUUUUAGGAAGAAUAAUGAUUGUUAUUUUUGUGUAGUUUUCCUGUGGUGAAUUUCGACAUCCACCGGUAACGAUUGUUAUGAAUCAUGCAUAGCACACGCAUAUUUUGAUCACUUUGGCACCUGAUAAGUAUUAGCCGAGCUUGCUGAACUUUUUUUCAGUAUGGUACAUUAAACGGUGUGCCCUUUGUUGCAAUAAUUAGUAUUUGGUA